AUGGGUCGUGCAAAGCUCCAGAUGAAGAGAAUCGAGAGCACCACAAGUAGGCAGGUCACAUUCUCCAAGCGUAGAAAUGGGGUUCUCAAGAAAGCUUAUGAACUUUCCACUCUUUGUGAUGUUGAAAUUGCCCUCUUGAUGUUCUCUCCUGCCGGUCGUCUUACUCAAUUCUCUACCCAAAAGAGGAUGUUUGAACCUGACCUGGGAAGUAUGACAUCCAUGGAGGAGCUUGAAUCAUGUGAGAAACUCCUUGAAGACCUAUUGAAUUCUGUGACGAAUAGAAAGAUCUGUGAACAACUAGUAAGCAAUCUUGUACGUUCAUAUCAUCCUAAGAUUUUGGAGCUAAAUGUUACAUUGAAGAAAGUUUUCCUCAUGCAGGGAACAGUUCUAAGUUCACUAAAAGAGGGCCAAUCCUCGCAGAGGAGUGCUGAGGUUCUGAAUUGGUUACCUGAUGGUUCCUGCAAAGGACAUACUUUAGAUUCACCUAUUGUCAAUGUUGAUACCAGGGAUGAUAUCUCCACUUCUUGUGUCCCAUUAGAAGAAAGUAGCUGUAACUUGAACCUUGGGAACAUGAAAGACGGCAAGUUUCAGACUUCAGUUAAUCAGAAAGUUCCAGCAUGGGCUCAUUCGUAUAAUUCUGCUGAUAUUUCAGGCUACUUAUCUUGGACAGGUUGA